AUGUAUAUGUACUCGAAUACAACCUCUCCCGUCCUAACCAAACACAGGUCGGAUGUGUAUGAGACCGCUUUUGUAAAGCAAUGUCUUUUCAGCUCACACCUGGAACGAGGAAGCACUGAGAGUUUUUUUUUAUUGACAUAUUUUUUAUUGUUGCUCCUGCUGUUUCAGAAACAAAGGAGUUAUUUCCUUGUAUGACUUUUAAGGGAUGUCAUUGGAUAUGUGCUUUUGGCUCAAUAAUCGGAAUAUUUAGUUUGGGGGCUAAAGUGCAACCUAUGACACCGGCAGGCAGGAAACUAUAUUUACUACAUUUAUUACACUUUGUUUCUAGAUUUGCACACCUUUUUGUCACAAGUUGCUGACAGCGCAAUAACUUUCCUCAUUAGAUAAGUGCGGCACGUCCUACGUGGUUUUACGCACACACGAUACGCUUGAGCUCCAGGCGAGACAAGCUUAACGUGGUGUGUGCUGCAUAAGAAGAUUAAAACAUAACCCAAAUAAUAAACCUCCAACCAUCAAAAUGACGGACGGUGCCAGACAGAGGAGCAGCACGUCGGGCUCUGCAAAGGAUGCUGCCGCUGAGGAGUCGGGAGGUGGAGUGGCGCUCAAGAAGGAAAUCGGGCUUGUGAGUGCCUGCGGAAUCAUCGUUGGUAACAUUAUCGGCUCAGGUAUCUUCGUCAGUCCGAAGGGAGUGAUGGAGAACGCCAGCUCGGUGGGCAUGGCCCUCAUCGUCUGGAUCGUCACGGGGGUCAUCACGGCCAUCGGGGCGCUGUGCUACGCCGAGCUGGGCGUCACCAUCCCCAAAUCUGGAGGAGACUACUCCUACGUCAAGGACAUCUUCGGAGGGCUGGCAGGGUUCCUGCGCCUCUGGAUCGCCGUGCUGGUGAUCUACCCGACCAAUCAGGCCGUGAUCGCGCUGACGUUCUCCAACUACGUCCUGCAGCCUCUCUUCCCCACCUGCUUCCCUCCGGAGAGCGGCCUGCGUUUGCUGGCUGCCGUCUGCCUCUUGCUGCUGACCUGGGUGAACUGCUCCAGUGUGAGGUGGGCCACCAGAGUUCAGGACAUCUUCACCGCCGGCAAGCUGCUGGCCCUCGCCCUCAUCAUCAUCAUGGGCUUCGUGCAGAUCUGCAAGGGAGAGUACUACUGGUUGGAGCCAGCCAAUGCCUUCGAGCCGUUCCAGGAGUAUGAUGUGGGCUUGAUAGCGUUAGCGUUCCUACAAGGUUCCUUCGCCUACGGAGGGUGGAACUUCCUGAACUACGUCACAGAGGAGCUGGUGGACCCCUAUGUGAACCUUCCCCGUGCCAUCUUCAUCUCCAUCCCCCUUGUGACCUUCGUCUACGUCUUCGCCAACAUCGCCUACGUCACGGCCAUGAGCCCCGCGGAGCUGCUCGCCUCAAACGCUGUCGCAGUGACGUUCGGUGAGAAGCUGCUGGGAGUCAUGUCGUGGAUCAUGCCCAUCUCUGUGGCUCUCUCCACCUUUGGAGGAGUCAACGGUUCCCUCUUCACCUCUUCAAGAUUGUUCUUCGCUGGAGCCAGAGAGGGCCAGCUCCCCAGGCUGCUGGCCAUGAUUCAUGUGAAACGCUGCACUCCCAUCCCUGCUUUGCUCUUCACUUGCUUGUCCACCCUGCUUAUGCUGUGCACCAGUGACAUGUACACCCUCAUCAAUUAUGUGGGCUUCAUCAACUACCUCUUCUACGGAGUCACUGUUGCCGGGCAGAUCGUCCUGCGAUAUACUCAACCCGACCUGCACCGACCAAUCAAGAUCAGCCUAAUCUGGCCGGUUAUUUACCUCAUCUUCUGGGCCUUCUUGCUCAUCUUCUCUCUUUAUUCCGAACCCGUCGUGUGUGGCAUCGGCCUGGCCAUCAUGCUGACUGGCGUCCCCGUCUAUUUCCUGGGAAUCUACUGGGACAAAAAGCCACAGUGCUUUAACAACUUUGUUGAUAAGAUGACGUACUUGGGCCAGAAGUUCUGCGUAGUUGUUUACCCUGCCAUGGGUAAAAGCAUUGGGAGCGGAGAGGAAGGAGAGGAAAUGAAGGAAGCCAGGUCUCCUCUGUCCAAGGAGGACGGAGACAACCACAAAUCAGCGGACUGCUAACGUCUUUAUCUCCCACCUGCCCCGAAUAAACAGACAUUUGCAGACGCAUACGUGGGUGUGCGCAUACACACACGCAGACAUACACCAUGUGUAGUGGAUUUACUGAUCAACACUUUGUCUUUCAUAUUUGGUUUUCUAUCAAUCAAUAAUGUUGUGCCAAAUAUAACAUGACGUAUUUAGAGUCAUUUGACCUCAAACGUUUCUGUCCGCGGGUCAUUCAAAAGUGCAAUAAAGAAAGGUUGGCACCUUACCACUCCUCAAUACAUGCUUAAACACACGUUUUUUCAUCAUCAUCCCGCUUCUCUACCUUCACACACUCCAGGCACACUCCUACUGUAAGAGCAUCAUAUCUUUUUAUUUUUAUCAAGAGACUCUUACUCCACUGUGAUGGCUACGAAAACACAUUUUCUUUGGGGUUUUGUUCUUUUUAUUGCCACAAAUUAAAUGUUGCUCUGUCAUCCAAAGAAGAAAAUCAGAUCAAGUCAUUUCAUGUUGUGAAGUACACUAAGUGCAGUGUUUAGUUUUUAAAAGUGACUUUGAAUUGUUUCCCUCUCUUCUUUUGUAAUUGUGAUAAUUGUUUAUAUCAGAUGUUCUUAUGUUAGUUUUAAUAUGUUAAUUAAGUUGAUAUUCUUUUUUUUUUCUAUUCAACACCAUCUACUUUUUUUUUACUCUUGUGGAGGUGUACACGUGAAAGCUGAUGUGUGAUCUGUACAUUGUAUUGGUUAAUGGAGCACAUGUUUUGUUAAUUGCCUUAAUUAGAAAAUAGACUCUUUUUUGACUGAUGUGUAGAGAUGGUUGAUUCUCAUACCUUUGGGUCGUUUUUCAUGUUUAGGGAAGAAAGAAAUAAGUGGAAUUAUGUACGGACACUACACUGACAAUGAACCAGUUAAAACUGUGCAAGGAAAAAGAAAACUAGAAAGAAUAAAUAGACAUGAAAGUGUUCACCGACACA